AAACGCCUGACAAACCCCACAUCCAAAAUCUCAAGAAAUGAGAUAACUUUUCUCACUCGGCAUCUACAAGUGUUUGCCCUGUCAUCAAACAGUUUCCGGGGACUCCAGUUAAGAUGUUCAAUUUUUCAGCCAGUAGUCAUGGAUCCUACACAGAAUCCAACUCUUCGCAUUUACAUACUGCAUCCUUAUAUGCACUAUGUACAGGAUAUAGUGAGAUCAGAGAAGUGUUCGCCUGUCGCCUACUGUCAAGUCAUGGAAGAGUUAAAGUUCUAUAUAGAUUCAACAACAAGAGACCUAAGAAUCGUUUGCCGCAUCGGAACUGCAAGGCUCAAAAGAAUGAUACCGAUUAAAGGUAUACUUUGUGGAAAGGUCAACCAUGUAGACUUCGAGCUUCAGUUCACUCCCAAGGAGAAAGGAAAGAAGAAAGUCGAGAUGACCAUUCAGGAAGGGUCAAUAAUAUAUGCAGAAAGCAAGUUCGAGACGUCAAUAGAAGAUGUACCAGAUUAUACACGAGAUCAAAAGGAUUCACAUGGUCAAUUGCAGUGUGUACCUGACAGCAUUCUAAAGAUCCUGGCAGAAGAAAUCCGAUCACCGAAAGAAUUGAAGUCCCUUGCCUACCAGCUUGGAUUCUCUCCAUCAGCUACAAAGAAAUACCUCAACCAACCUGAGUUAUCCAUGGAGAUGCUUCGAAAGUGGAGGCGCCGGGUUCGACCAAGUCAACAGAUUGACGAGCUUCAUCUAGCCUUGAAAAAUGCUGGACUAGGACAGUCAGCAGAAAUCUUCUUACCUGAACUGAUCACAACAUCGAAGGCGCACUUUUCACAUACCCGAAAAUUAUGGGAGUCAAAGAAGUAACAGAUAUCCCCCACGAGAAUUAUGCAGAGAGCUGAACGAGAUUGAUGAGAGCUGAGGUACUGACAACUGUACGAUGAAACGCCCAAGGAGUUCUUCGUGUUUACGAUUUGAAACAUUCACUAAAUAACGUCGUGCAUUAUAUACGACUGAUUUUAUUUCAUAUUUGUAGAAAAGCGGUGAUAUUUACUGCAAAGUGUUAAUUAAAAAAAUUGUAUGCUAAUAUGACAGAGAACAAGAAUAUAUCACAAUUUCAAUUAGAUGAUAUAAAAAGGGGUUUCUGAUUGAUCAAAUAAUCUCAGCAUUCCCCGUUGUAUGCUUACUAGCCUUUGAUAAACCAAUACAACGAUGUACUGCUUUUUCUUCCAAACAAUCGUGUUUUUUUAUUAAAUUGUUUAGUCAUAAACCACAUAUGCCAUCAUACUAUUUACACGUUAUAUUGAUAUUGUCGUGCAACCUACAUUAAGUAUUAUUUUGCUUAUCUGGCAACAUCAUAGCCGAUAUUUCUCUUUAUUCCGUUGGUCGAUCCUAAAUCGUUCUUCUUGUGUGUG